GGAGAUGUAUUGCCUAGUUCCCUGGAUUCAAACUACUACCCUCACAAUGUUAGCUUCAAGAGUUUGGUCUACUUUAUGCUUGCUCCAACAUUAUGUUAUCAGCCAAGCUACCCACGAACAACACACAUACGAAAGGGUUGGGUAGUUCGACAGUUUAUUAAACUAAUAAUAUUCACAGGGGUUAUGGGUUUCAUUAUUGAACAGUACAUAAAUCCCAUUGUCCGAAAUUCUCAACACCCUUUAAAGGGUAACCUUUUGUAUGCAACAGAGAGGAUCCUAAAGCUUUCUGUGCCAAAUUUGUAUGUUUGGCUCUGCAUGUUCUACUGUCUUUUCCACCUUUGGUUAAAUAUAUUGGCUGAGCUUCUUUGUUUUGGAGAUCGUGAGUUCUACAAGGACUGGUGGAAUGCCAAAACAGUUGAAGAGUAUUGGAGAAUGUGGAACAUGCCUGUCCACAAAUGGAUGGUUCGCCACGUCUAUUUUCCAUGCCUAAGGAAUGGGAUACCGAAGGUACUUGAUGUAUCACUGUUCUUUGUGCUAUUUUUUAUUAUCACCACAUCUAUUGCAAGUGUAUUUCUGAUAAUUAUGUGGUGUCAUCCUCAUGUAUUGUCAUUCCUUAAUACAUAUUUAGCAAUUAGCAUAUUGAGCUUCAAAUGUUGAUUUCACCGUUUUCUGAAAAAUGCAUGGAAAUUGAUAAAUACUUCGAGCUCCUUCCCCUAUUAUGAUGAUGAGUCUGAGUUGGUUACAUGUGUUUACCAAAUGAAAGGAGAUGGUUAUGCUAAUUUUAUUGCAAUUUAUUAUUUUGAUAGAGAUGAUACAUGGGACACUGAAGAAAAAUAAACAGACACCUUGAUGGUCUUGUCACCAUUUAUUAAGGCUCAGUGAGCUCAGCAUCCAAAAGAUGCUUUCAUUUCCUUCAUUCAAAAUAUUCUGUUAGGUGGAUGCUUCAGCGAAAUUCAUCUUCAAUAAAUCACCAAUUCAUCUACAGUUAUUAAUCUGGCCAAGGAAUUUGGCAUCUGUAUGUCCAAUGUGAUAGUGUUGACACGAUAUUGAAUGGACUAUAUCUUUUUAUUAUAUUGAUUGCGGACAAUAUUCUAGACUAGCAUUGAGUCAUUUUCCCGAAAGAAGAUGGAUUAGGAAUGACACUGCACAUAAGCUUACAGAUGUUCACCACGUUUUGGUUUGGUGAAUUGGGUUGGGUAUUCAUUAUAGGGACAUCCGUUAAUGGUGUCUACAUGAGAUUCUUCUCGUCUCAUUUUUUAACAUAUUGUAGACUAAUUGCAACCUGCCACAAUCAACUUAAUGUCAUCUGCAUUAUCUGACUUGGCCAUUUGUCAAUUUCUUAUUACUGGACAAUGAGAAUUUCAUGCGUGAACUAGUAUUAAAUAAUUAAGUGUUUUAUGGGAAGGUAUUGUAU